AUGAUAAGAUUAGUAACACUGUGGUCGAGUAUGCUGGUAAUCAAAGAUCUCGAUUUGAUAAUUAGUUUUAUACAGUUAUCGAUGAAUUCGGUGAUCGAAAAAAUCUCACCCAUCAGUAUUAUGAGAGCCAAGAGAACAACAUCGUGGUUGAGCUGGGAAGAUGUUGAUAUUUUCUUGCCCCCAAAACUCAGUGAUACCACAGCUGAAAUGUUACGACUUAACGAAUUACUAGCUGCAAAACUGUACAGUUGUAAGGAAAAGAUGUCAGUUGAUGACGGUCUUCGUGGAGCCUUCAAAAUUUGUGUUGAUGAAAGGCUGAACACCACGAUGAGAAAUGUUUUAUUUAUCAGUGGUGAACCAGAAGCUUAUCUUUUCUAUUUGACAUCAGUAAUUUCGAAACGAUGGACGUUUAUGAUUCCCAGUGAUUUCCAUGCACUUGAGUUACUUGGGAAUGUUGGUUCUCCAUUAGAAGAAAGAAAACGACUUAUCAAGUACUUAACCACCAAUAAAAAUUCAAAUAAAGAGUGUGAUGUAGUGGAAUUAAUAGACAAUGAUGUACCAGUGCUGUGUAAAAUGAAUGCUAUUGAAGACUCAUGUAUUGUGCUGUACAUGAGCUAUCGUCAGCUGCAGAAAAUGGAUAACUUUAAUAAUUUUUUACCCUGCAGGAUUUGGUUUUUCACGCCAGUGGUACUGAAUCAAAAGCUGACCACUUCUGCGAGUGUGUAUCCAUAUGGCCUUUCACCAUACACUUCAAAAAAUUUGACAGUUCCUGACUCUUCUACAAAAGAUUCGUGGUCGCUAAUAACUGUCAAAGAUUUGCUAAAUUUUGUUAAUCAAGAGAAAAUUCACAAACUCGUUUUGGAUUUGGAUGGUGGAGAGUGGGAUAUUUUCCCUGCACUGCUGGAAACAGCGAAAGUUCAAAAUAGCGUUUCAAAUCUGGAGCUGAGACUUCAAGUAAUUGAGGGUUGUUAUAGAUUUUGGGUAGGUGAAGACAGCGAGAAUUAUCGUCGUAUCUUGAUGUAUUUCUUGCGACUUGAGACUCUUGGAUUCAAGAAAAUGUUUGGAAAAAUGAUUGACGCUACUACGGCCGUUGUUGCCUAUAAGAAUGAAUGGCAAGCUAGAGAUGCUAUAACUGUUUAA